AUGUGGCUGCAGAACUUGCUGCUCCUGGGCACUGUGGUCGGCAGCCUCUCCGCGCCCACCCGCCCGCCCGGCACUGCCACCCGGCCCUGGAGGCACGUGGACGCCAUCAAGGAGGCCCUGAGCCUGCUGAGCCAGAGCAACAACACCGACGCCGCCGACGCCAGGCUGGUGACAGAAGUCGUCUCUGAAACGUUCGACCCCCAGGAGCCGACGUGCCUGCAGACGCGCCUGGAGCUGUACAAGCGGAGCCUCCGCGGCGGCCUGGCCAGGCUCAGGGGCCCCCUGGCCAUGAUGGGCAGCCACUACCAGCAGCACUGCCCGCCCACCCCGGAGACUUCCUGUGAAACCCAGAUUAUCCCCUUCAAAAGUUUCAAGAAGAACCUGAAGGACUUUCUGUUUGUCGUCCCCUUUGACUGCUGGAAGCCAGUCCAGGAGUGA